GCCUGUAUAUUUAUUAAUAAUAUUUUAUUCAUAUAUUAAUAUACAUAUUAUCAUGAUAGCAGUAGAUGAAAAUGAAUCUAUCCCAUUUGUUGAAUAUUACUGUGAUUGCUCAGCAAAGAAAGAAAAUUACCUAUCCAUUCUAAGCACAACUGAAAAUGCAUUAACAAACGAAAACGUUGCUUCACUUACAGGACUUCAUCUAUUAUCUAAACAAGCAUCGAAUUACAUAUACCCACUUUCUCGUCUUUAUUUUUGCGAGGAUUGUCAUCAGAUUAGGUGUCCAUCUUGUGUUCAAGAUGAAAUUGUUUCAUAUUAUUGUCCAAACUGUCUUUUUGAAGUACCUACAGCAAGUGUAAAGAGUGAAAAAAAUAGAUGUGCUAGAAAUUGCUUUCAGUGUCCUAUUUGCCAAAAUACUUUAUCUGUAGUUGCAGCUCAAGAACCAACUCAAAUAUCGAGUAUAGGAUCCGGCCAAGGACCUUAUUUUUUGGCUUGUAAUGUGUGUCGAUGGAAUUCACAAGAGAUAAAUAUGACAUUUGAAAAACCAACAAGUUUAGCAUUGCAACUGCAAAAGAAUGAGGAGGCUUUAGCAGAUACAAAAGAAUUUGAUCAGUUGAAAGAGCAUUUUGAAAAGAAUUUAAGAGUGAAUUCUUCACCGUCUUUACCUACAAGUUUCUUAACAUUUUCAAGUUCUACAGCAUUUAGUAAAUAUAUGGGAAGUCAUUUCCAUCACGAUACGCAUAUGCAGCAAGGAAAGUUAGAUGAUAUAAGUGAAUAUGAACCUAGCGUUCAAAUAGCAGAUGAUGAUAUAAAAUUAUUAGAAUCUAUAACAACAAUGAGAAGUAUCGAUGGAGUUUCGACAUUAUCUCAGAGAUUUUCUCAAUUACAUAAUCAGCCUUAUGAAUUAUCUAAGAUACAUCCUCAGCGUAUACAUUUGGCUAUUAAAAGAUCAAAACGGUGUCGUAGCUGUCGUCAUAUUUUAAUUAAACCCGAGCAAAAAGCUCAAGCAACUAGAUUCAAAAUCAAAUUAGUAGCCAUGAACUAUAUACCAACUAUCACGUUGGUAAAAUUGCCAAAAAAGAAUUGGCAUUUAAAAGUAGGUGUCCCUACUCAGCUCAUAUUGAAGUUUACAAAUCCUUUGUAUGAAGAAAUGAAUAUCACAUUAGCUACUCCACAAAUCAAAGAAAUAAAUGGCAAAGUUACCAUAUUAUCACCUCAUUUCACCGUUGGAGCUUAUAACGAAACCAUCGAAUAUGAUGACGAGAUGUAUCCAAUGGGCAACAAUAGUAAUAAGCGUAACAAUAAUAACAAUAAUUACGCUGCAUAUUCUUAUGUAGAUGGUAUAUAUGAAAAGAAGAACAAUUAUACAAGUAUUUUAAUUGAAGUUGUUCCUGAAGAAACAGGCGAAUUUAAGUUUCCCCUUCUUGUAACAUAUAACUAUAAAUCAGAUGAAGAUCGAAUGGAUGUUUCAUCAGGUGACAUUGACGCUGAUGAAAUGGAUGAAAUGGACAUGGAUGAUAGUGUUGAUGGUUCGAAGAAAUCUUCUUUACGAUUUGAUGAUGAUAAAAUCAAAAGUUAUUCCUUUUGGUGUUUAAUUGGUAUUGGAUUUGCAACAUAGGAGAUUUUAUUUAUUUAUUUUAAGAAUUUUUUUAUUUUUCAUAUAUAAAUGUAUUAUCCU